UAUGACAUGACAUUACUGUUAUCAAUUUUGAUUUGUAAAUAAUAGGUAUUUUUGAAAAAGUCCCUAGUCUAUUUCGUUUAAAAUAAUUGUGGUGAAACGAACAAGAAUUGUUGUAAGUCUGCAGAAUACGGCUGUAUUUAGCUGUGCACAUAACAAGCAUUGAAGUUUCUAAUAAAAAAAAACUAUAGCUAAUUUAUAGCAGCAAACAGUUGUGAUGUAGAAAAAUACCAUAUAAACAAAGACAUUUUAAAAUGCAGUGGCAAUGGGAAUAUAUAUGUGGUCCCCAGGGUCUGACACCAUGGAACGAUGCAACAAAAGAUUUCGGACGAUGCUUCCAAGAAUUAUUUUUACAAAUACCAGUUUUCUUCUGCAUUGCAGUUAUAUCAGGCUAUUAUGUUGGCUACAGAAAAGAUUGGGUAGUUCGUGACAAAACACAAGAAAGGGCAUUAGUCCUGCGAAGUUUUGCAGUACUAGCCUUAGUGUUCAUUCCCAUGAUUGAGCUGUAUGUUUACAUUACCCAACCGGGCUCUGUUUUGUACCCUGUCAACUAUUUCUAUGCUGGCUCGUCAUGCCUAGCGUGGUUGUUCCACUUCGGGUAUGUCUUGGCAUUAAAACACAGACUGGGACAGAGUUGCCGUGGCCCUACUUCUCAGCUGUUUAUGUGGACCUUAGCAGUGGUUGUCAACGUAUUGUCAAUUCGGAGCAACUUACUGUCUGGGACCGCCAUGGGUUUCAACAUCGCUACACUGUGCUGUCAUGUUCUGUAUUUCAUGACUCUUCUACCGUCAAGUAAUUCAAGAGCUACAUUCUACUCACCCUGUCUGGUUGGCUCUCAACAUUCACAUAGUGAGUACACACCGCUGCUACCACACAUGGAUGAAGGUAUAUUAGGAACAGCAAUGCAAAGCGCUGGUGCAAUAUCUCGAUUAACAUUUUCAUGGGUUUAUCCCCUACUUCAAAAAGGAAUGGAGAACAAACUGAAUGACCCAGAGGAGCUGUUUGAUGUACCAGCCAAGUAUUGUUGUUCAUAUGUGGGAGCACGCAUGGACCGCUCACUAAUAGGCAAUGUGGACAACUACCAGCAGUAUGAGGAGGUGCCUCAUGAACCUUUCAUAGGCUCAGGUUAUGGGGCAACAGGAGAAACUGCACCCCAAGCAUCAACCCCCGUGACACCCACGACAAGAGUGUUGGUGCGCUCCCCGCGCCGACAGAAUGUCACACUGCUAAGGGCUUUGCAUUCAUGUUUCGGUGUACAGUUUUAUAGUAUUGGAAUACUCAAAUUGAUUUCCGACAUGGCAGGCUUCGCAGGCCCGAUACUACUCAACUAUCUUAUCAAAUUCGUCGAAGACGAAAGUAUUGAUCAGCAUUUAGGUUAUGUAUAUGCCGGAUCUCUCCUGGGUACUACUCUAAUAGCUACAUUUUUCAAUGUUCAUUUCAACUGGUGGAUGUCAAUAGUUGGCUUGAAGAUGCGCGGCGCCAUCGUCGCUACCAUCCUCAGGAAGACCCUCAGCGUCACUUCCACGGAAUUAAGUAAUGUGUUCUCAAUUGGAGAGAUAACUAAUUUUAUGUCAACUGAUACUGACAGGAUUGUGAAUUCUUGUCCAAGUUUUCAUGCACUGUGGAGUAUUCCCUUACAGUUGUUUAUAACAUUAUUCCUUCUAUAUCAACAAGUGGGCAUAUCUUUCCUUGCUGGCGUGGCUUUCUCUGUAAUUCUAAUACCCAUAAACAAAUUGAUUGCAAACAAAAUUGGACAACUUAGCACUGAACUCAUGACUCACAAGGACACUCGCGUCAGUCUGAUCAGUGACUUGUUGAAAGGCAUUAGAACUGUAAAAGUACAUGUUUGGGAAGAUUACUUUAUCAACAGAGUAUCAGAGGCACGUAAUCAAGAGCUGAAAUACUUGCGUGGACGUAAAUACUUGGACGCGAUUUGCGUGGUGCUGUGGGCGACCACGCCCGUGCUCGUGGCUGCCUUCACGCUCGGCACACACUCGCUCAGGGGACUACCACUCGACGCUCCCACUGUAUUCACAACAGUGGCACUUAUUAACAUGCUAAUAGCACCACUUAAUGCCUUCCCCUGGGUGCUGAAUGGGUUGACAGAAGCGUGGGUCUCCAUAAAACGUAUUCAGAAACUACUUGAUCUUUCAGACAUGGACGCUGAACUUUAUUAUGAUCGUCUUAAUAAAAACCAUGACGAAGAUAAAAUAAUAAUAUUCAAAAAUGCUACGUUUGCUUGGGCCAAGCCGUCAAAGAGGAAGAAACCACCAAAGAAAUCUAAGAAAAACAAAGGAAAGUCUAAGAAACGAUUAUCCAGGGGUAGCAUACAACGAAGAGAUUCCACGUCUUCGUCUGAACAGUUGAUGCAGGAUGAGCCUUUCUCGCUGAAGGACAUUUCUUUAGAGAUCGGUAAUGAAGAGCUGAUCGGUGUGACCGGCGCUGUCGGCAGCGGCAAGACCUCGUUACUGCACGCGAUCCUCGGAGACAUGCUCAAGAAAAAUGGUAGUCUGCAGAUUCCAGACAACUUGACCAGUUUCGGAUAUGUAUCUCAGAAGCCAUGGCUGAUACGCGGGACGAUCCGUGAUAAUAUAUUAUUUGGCAAGCCUUAUGAGGAAGCCAAAUUCCGGAGUGUAGUCGACGCGUGUGCACUUACUGAGGAUUUGAACGUACUCGGGUGGAACGCAUACGUUGGCGAAGGCGGUUGCACGCUAAGUGGCGGACAACGAGCGCGCAUCGCCCUAGCGCGGGCCGUCUACCAAGAUAAAAAAGUGUACCUAUUGGACGACGUACUGGCGGGUGUGGACACGACUGUUGGGCAGCAUAUAAUGCAGCGCUGUAUACUGGGCUUGUUACGUCACAGCACGCGAGUGCUGGUCGCGCACUCGCCGCGCCACCUCGCGCGCACCGCCUACACCGUGCUCAUGCGCGACGGACGCAUCGUCAGACAAGGCCCUCCCGAAUCUGUAUUGAAUGACAUCGAAGAGUUCAUGCCUAGCGAGUCAGAAUCAUUGGGCGAAGAGCCACCGCAGGCGCCCGAGCCACAGCGCGACAACCAAGAUACUGUCAGCAGAAAUAGUCUAGAUGAUGACGAGGCAAUGUCCGAAGGGACUGUUGGCUGGUGGGUCAUCGGAUUAUACCUACGAUCUAUCGGAGUAUUCCUAUCUAUUGCAAUAAUAUUGUCUUUGAUACUCAUGCAGCUUUCACAAAACUUUACAUUCCUUUGGCUCACGUACUGGGUCAAAAACAAAACGAAGAAUUCGACUACAUUACAUGCUGAUGAAUUUUUGGAACAUCCUACGGAGAAGACUUCUAUUUUAGAUCAUGGAGUAAUAGCAAUAGAUAACGUCAUACACACCGCUAUUAAUGCAGCAAUGGACUUCUUAGGAAACAAAAAUACUACGAACACAACUGCAAUACAAGAACCCCCAAAGUCUACAGUAACCGAUCUAAUGGCAAAUGUCACGCCGAGUUAUACGGAUAACUUCUACUUAGAAGUGUACUUCGGCUUGGCGGGGUUGAAUCUAGUAUUUACAAUUAUGAGAGCAUUCCUGUUUGCUUAUGGCGGAGUCAAAGCGGCUAACAGGAUCCACAAGAUCCUGCUCAAAGUUAUUGUCAAGGCAAAAGUGAAGUUUUUCGAUGUGACACCGCUGGGCCGCAUCGUAAACAGAUUUUCUUCUGAUACCUACACUGUGGAUGAUUCGUUGCCUUUUAUUUUAAACAUUUUACUGGCCCAGUUAUUUUCUUUGAUUGGCGCGAUAGCAGUGACUCUGUACGGGCUGCCGUGGCUGGCGGUGGCAGUGGUGCCGCUAACGUUCGCGUACUUCUGGCUGCAGCGCGUGUACCGCGUCACGUCGCGACAGCUCAAGCGUCUGCAGAGCGUCACGCUGUCGCCCGUCUACACGCACUUCAAUGACACGCUCGAAGGUGCAGACACGGUGCGCGCGCUGGGCGCGGGCGGCGCGUGGGGCGCGCGCGGCGCGGAGCUGGUGGAGGCGUGGCAGCGCGCGGCGCUCAGCGCGGCCGCGGCGCAGCAGUGGCUGGCGCUGCGCCUGCAAGCCGCCGCCGCCGCCGUCGUCGCCGGCGCCGCGUUACUCGCCGUGCUGCAGCGGGCCCUGCAUGCCGCUGAUCCCGGUCUUAUCGGUCUCGCUAUAUCGUACGCUUUGUCCAUGACUUCUAUGCUGAGCAACCUACUGAACUCGUUUACGGAGACGGAACGAGAGAUGAUCGCCGUAGAGCGAGUCGGUGAAUACAUCAAGCUGGUGGAGAGCGAAACUAUUGAUGGUGAAUCGCCGCCAUAUGGCUGGCCUUCUCAGGGUGUAAUAGAGUUCGAAGACGUUUAUCUAAAAUAUAGCGGUCGCGAGGACGGCGUGAUGGCGCUGAAGGGCGUGACGUUCGCGACGCACCCGGGCGAGAAGCUGGGCGUGGUGGGGCGCACGGGCGCCGGCAAGAGCUCGCUGCUCAGUGCGCUGCUGCGCCUCGCGCCGCUCGCACGCGGCCGCCUGCUGCUCGACGGCGUCGACAUCUCCGCGCUGCAUCUGCACGCGCUCAGAUCACGGAUCGGGGUUAUCCCUCAGGAGCCCUUCAUAUUCUCGGGUAGCAUCCGCGAAAACAUAGAUCCGUUGCGGCAGUACUUGGACGCGGAAGUGUGGCGAGCACUGGAAGCGUGCGGCGCUCGCGAGCUGGUGACGCAGCGCGGCGGCCUGCACGCGCCCGCCCGCGCCGCGCAUCUCGCGCGCGGACACGCGCAGCUGCUGUGCGUCGUGCGAGCCUUGCUACAUCGACCCAAGAUAUUGCUGGUGGAUGAAGCGACCGCCAAUUUAGACCAAGAAGCAGAGCGGCUGAUCCUGGACGCGAUCCGCUGUUCGUUCGGCGGGUCGACGGUGUUGUUCGUGGCGCACCGGCUGGGCGGCGUGCUGGAGUGCGCGCGCGUGCUGGCGCUGGGCGGCGGCCGCGUGCUCGAGCUGCGCGCGCCCGACGACGCGCUUGCAGACCCCGACUCGCACCUUUACAGCCUCGUCUAUGGCGCGUAAAAUCUCCACGCUUCUUACGACCCUAGACGUUGCAUAUCAAACGAAAUCGCAUUCUAGAAAUUUCUAUCCAUACGGUUCUUGUCGAGUAGCUUUGCUUGUUCGAUUUGGCUACCAGUGACUUAGCAAUAGUCGAAAAUGUAUUAGCGAGCAAGUUUAUUAGAAAGAAACUUUACUCAAUUAAUGUGAAAAAACUGACAUGACAUUAAGAAUAUUACCAGUGUGCUGCAUCAUGAUUAUGAUACAAUAGCGUUGGUGAGACUGUAACCUUAUUCUAAAAUUGGAUGAAGUAUUCAUAGUUUUAUUUUUGAGCUUAUUAUUGCAAUUAUUAAAAUGUAAGCACUUCGAUUUCCCAAUAUAAAAUCUAUAAAGACAGUGGUGGCAGUAUUUAAAUAUUUUCAAAGUUUUUUAUUAUUUAUUUUGAUUUACCACUAUUUACUAGCGGGCUAGAAAUAUACUAUCUAUACUAAUAUUAUAAAGCUGAAGAGUUUGUUUGUUUGUUUGAACCGGCUAAUCUCAGGAACGGUCCGAUUUGAAAAUUUCUUUCAGUGUUAGCUCAUUUAUCGAGGAAGGCUAUAGGCUACUUUUUAUCCCGCUACGGGAAGUAGUUCCCACGGGAUGCGGGUGAAAUCGCUGGCAGAAGCUAGUAAUUUAUAUAUUCGUAACACCGUAAGCCUACUGGCCUUGGUUAUUUUUCCGGAGAUUCGUCGUUUUGUCUAAUUUCUCGUGUAUGUAUUAUAUUUUUCUUAAACAAUGUAUUUUGUGUAAAAUUUUGUGAUUUUAAUCGUAUAUUAAGAUAUUCCCAUCCAAUGACUGUAACUUAUGAACUGAAUUGAUUUUUAACUAAAAUAUAAAUCUAGUCGCAAAGACAAUAUUGUCUUGCCGAUUGUGAAUUUAAUUUUAUCAAAGUAUUAGUGUUGUCCUAGUUAUGAUAAUGCCAAUGUCAUAGUUCUAAUAUAUUUUUUGCGCAAUUAUUAUAGUUCUUUUAAUAUCUAGGGGCCGUAAAAUGUUCGUGAAAAAGACGGUGCUAUUCGUUACGUAAAGAUGUACUCCCAAUUAUGCCAUCUCUUUCUCACUACUUUUCAUAUCCUGACUAAAAAUUACAACCCCACAUUUGUGACUUUUAGUCUGGAUACAACUAUUUGAGACUAAUAAGCUACACUAAUUUUCAAAAGCUAAAAAAAUCUUAAGUCUAGUUUAAGCGGUGGUUAUUCAUGAGAUUAUUCCUAUAAAUUAUACACUAUUACAGCGACCGUCGGCGUCGGCCCAAAGUAUAGUCGCGGGCGCUGGCAUUUUGAAUGUCCGCUACCGGCUACCGACAAUUUGUAAAAAGUCACUCGCAACUGAACAAAUACCUCGAAUGCGAAUUAGAAUCAACUAAAUGAAACAAAAUUAUGUAAGUAGGUACUAAUUUAUUUUUGCGUUGCUUUUAUGUUGAAGAAUAUCGCCGUCGUUUCAAGAACGUAUCAUACUUUUAGUGAAUGAUAAAAUUAGAAUUUGUGAUAUCGUUACUAAAUUAAUCGUUAAGUAAUUUUCGCAUUUAUGUAAAAGUUUUUGUAAAUAAUAUUUUGACUUCCAGAAUAAGAUUGUAAUAAUUGUUGUAUAAACUAACUAAAAGAUUUAAUGUUGUUUUUCUGGUUGCUCAUUAUUUACAUUCUCUUAUGUUCGAAAAUUACAUAGGCAAUGUGUUACAGCUGCCUGUCCAUAAUAACUAGUAUAUAGUAGGUAGGGUUGCAGGUACUAAAACACUUUCCACUACGAUGGGAAAAACUAUGCUUUUCCACAUCCGUUCGGUUCCAGUCUUUAAUGGUCGGAAAAUAAUUACAGUAUAAAUAUGUAUUUUAUCGCCCGUAAGGUGUCUUAUAAAAUGUGCCUUUUCCCAAUUAUGUUGGGGUCGGCUUCCAGUCUAACCGGACCCAGUUAUGCAACCCCAAUAACCGUUAAUAAGACUGGUUGUCAGGCUUUCUGGCUUCCGAGACUUCCGACUACCCGUAAAUCGUCAUAUCAAGACUGUCACCCAUCCAUGGACAAACCGAAACAGUACAAGGAUUUUGUAGGCAGUUACAUCAUCUUCUGUAUUUUUAAUAUUACUUUGGUACCUACCUACUAAUUGAGACAUGAUGUAACACAUUAUUUACGAAAAACUAGUGAAUAAGUAAAAUGUAAGUAAAUAUUUUUAUAACAAUAAAACUAUUCGUUCCAAA